CACUUUGUCCUGAACUUCACCAGUUCCUUCUUCCACUUAGAUACUCCCUCUUCAUUCACAUGCGUUUCCUUCCCUAUCUCUUCUUCUGGUUUGGAAAAGAAACACAAGAAGGGUUGGUGUAGAACAUCACAACACAGAUUUCAAGUGCAUGUAAAAGCAUAACAACCAAGUUCAAACAAAGAAAAGAGAAAUAUAAUCGUGUGUGUUGCAGUUGCAGUUGCAGGAUAAGGAUAUGGACUCAAAGGCUAUGUGCUUCAUAACCCACCAAGCCAUUUUCAACGCUGUUCGAUCUGGGGACCUUGAAGGGCUGAAGCAGCAGCUGAAGAACAAGGGUGAAUCAUCUUCAGAAGGGUCAUCAUCCCCGUCAUCAUUAUCAUCACUUUCUGAGCUCAUGUGCAUGCAGAGCGAUGCAGGGGAAACUAUGUUGUACAUAGCUGCAGAGCAUGGUCUUAAUGAGGUGUUCAGCUUCUUGCUCAGUUUCUGUGACUUUGAGGUCAUGAAAAUCAGGUCCAAAUCUGAUAUGAACCCCUUUCAUGUUGCAGCCAAGCGUGGCCACUUGGAUAUUGUGAGGGAGAUUUUGAGCACUUGGCCUGAAGUUUGCAAGUUAUGUGAUUCCUCCAACACUAGCCCCCUCUAUUCAGCUGCUGUUCAAGAUCAUUUGGAUGUAGUGAAUGCAAUAUUGGAUGUUGAUGUGAGUUCAAUGAUGAUAGUGAGGAAAAAUGGUAAAACUGCGUUGCACAAUGCUGCUAGGUAUGGCAUCCUUCGCAUCGUGAAAGCACUUAUUGCGCGGGAUCCAGGAAUAGUCUGCACCAAAGACAAAAAGGGCCAAACAGCACUGCAUAUGGCUGUGAAAGGACAGAGUACUUCAGUGGUGGAGGAAAUAUUACAAGCAGACCUGACAAUAUUGAACGAAAGAGAUAAGAAGGGUAACACAGCUCUUCACAUGGCUACCAGGAAAGCCCGUUCACAGAUAGUGAGCCUUUUGUUAACCUACACAGCUAUGAAUGUCAAUGCCAUCAAUAAUCAAAAGGAAACUGCCUUGGAUUUGGCAGAUAAACUUCCAUAUGGAGAUUCAGCUUUGGAAAUCAACGAGGCCCUUACAGAAUGUGGAGCCAAGCAUGCCAGGCACAUUGGCAAGGUGGAUGAAGCCAUGGAACUCAAAAGAGCUGUGAGUGAUAUAAAGCAUGAGGUGCAGUCACAGCUCAUACAGAAUGAAAAAACUCGCAAACGAGUUUCUGGCAUUGCUAAGGAGUUGAAGAAAAUUCAUAGAGAGGCAGUUCAAAACACCAUCAAUUCUGUUACAGUAGUAGCUGUCCUUUUUGGCUCAAUAGCAUUUGUGGCUUUAUUCAGUUUGCCUGGUCAAUAUAGAAAGAAGCAACCAGAGGCAGGGAAGGCAAACAUAGCUGACGAUGUUUCAUUCAGUGUUUUCUGCCUUUUGAAUGCCACAGCUCUUUUCAUUUCUCUUGCAGUUGUGGUUGUUCAGAUCACUUUGGUGGCUUGGGAUACAAGGGCUCAAAAGCAGGUUGUGUCAGUUAUGAACAAGCUAAUGUGGGCAGCAUGUGCCUGCACUUGUGGAGCUUUUCUUGCAAUAGCUUUUGUGGUUGUUGGAGAUGAAACAUGGUUGGCUAUUAGUGUCACCCUCUUCGGAGCACCAAUUUUAGUUGGGACUCUAGCAUACUUGUGCUACUUUGUUUUCCGCCAACAUUUUGGAUCUUUUAGUGAUUCCCAGAGAUUAGUGAAGAGAGCAAGUGGAAGCAAAUCAUUUUCAUGGUCUUACUCAGUAAAUAUAUCAGAUGUGGAUGAUUAUAAUUCUGAUCUUGAGAAGAUAUAUGCUUUAUAAGCUGAGUUUGUUAUGUUAACAACAUGUACUGAUAUCCUGCCUCCUCAGAGAGAAAGUGAAGUGUUUACUUUGUAGGAUUCAGCUGCUUAAUUUGCAGCUUUGCAGCUGAGUGUAAGGUUUUACUGAGAAAAUCAAUUGGAUUUACUAAUACAUGUGACUGAUAAUCAGAAAUCCAAUGUAGAUUGAUUUACAUGGAAAACGUAUGGAAGGAAAUCCUGUUAAGCUUUAUAUCUACCUCUGGAAUUUUGAAAAUGGUUCUGCUCCAUAAUUUGGUUGGGGUUGGAGUUGGACUUUAAUCUGGUGAUUGAUGAUUUACUAACCAUUAUGAGAGGCUAUUGUCAACUGAAAUUGAGGUGAAAAAGAAAUUAUUUAGGUGCUUAGGAGUUUGUUGUGGUAUGAUAUUGCAUGUCUGAAUUCAAGUUUGAAUGACCAUAGAUCUACGUUUUGCUUAAUUGCUACUAGUUGUUUUUGCGUUGAAUUCAUGUUUACAGGUUUUUCAAUGUGUUUCUAAACAUAAACUUAAGUAAGGGAAUUUAACGCAGUAAUUUAGUGUCAUAAAAUAUUGCUUGAAAAGUGAGCUAUCGUAUCAUUUUCCCAAUUUACUUUCCCAUUUUGAAGCAUGAUCUCCUACACAGCAAUUUUGGCUAUUCGUCAAGUAAACAUACUCAACGGACACAUGAAUUAUGAGGCACAACAAAUGAAAAUCAUUUUUUACUUUACUUUCACAAAACGGAGUUGCAACGCUAUACAAACAGAUCCCCAAUCAACUGCUUGUUCAAGGAUGGACUUCAGGUAUCUAAGAAGAUGACGGACUUGAUAAGAUGACUUGUUCUGGGUGAAGACAUAAACUGCAUUUGUACGCCUGGUAUGAUUUGGAAGAUUUUUCUUUCUUUGUGAUUGUAAGUAAAAACACAAAAGAAUCAAAGUUAGGUGUUUAAAAUUUGAGCAAGAAAGAGCUUAGUUUGUAUCUCAAUGUUCCACAUUUAUCUUUGAUUUCUCUUUUUCAUGAUCAAUCAUUGUGCAAUCCACACAUGAAAAGGAAGUGAUUAAAGGAAUAGAACACCUUAGUUGCAUAGG